AGUAAUUUUUGCUUAAGUCAAUUAUUUCCAAUGUCGGAGUGAAUACAAAUGGCUAGAAGUGAUUUUGAUUGUGUCUAACGCAAACAGUUUUGUUUCAUUAUACAGAUAACUCAAAUUGGUAUUGUUUUCUAAAAUACUAAAGGGUAGUGGGCCAUGAAUUAAGCUUAACCUUAAAUGUCAACGUCAUUAAUUUUCAUUUUAAUACUAAACCGUUUAAAAUUGCCUUUUUAACACUUAUAAAUUAUUUGGAGUUUCGAUUAUCGCAGUGACAUCAUCUUUUCAACUAUUCCAACGUUUGGAACAAGCAUGAGCAUCAACCAGGUAGUGCAGAGCCCCCCUGAGGCGAAACAUUACCGGAAACUUUCUAUUUUCCGAUUAGCUAAUAAUAACCCCACGUCAUUAUCUCACAAUUAUCAUAACUCUCACAGGUGGGUAUCUCCUCAUUCCGCAUCUCUGUCUCAGACACUCUACGUCUCUGUUUCGCACGGUGCAAAGAGUCAACACAAUCAUGUGAUUACCAAAAGUCCAAUCAGACGUCACUGCAAUAGUUACUUUUAGUUAUUGUUUAUAACUUUAGUUAAGCGUACUUAGCUCGUGCGGUCAGUCUGUAUGGAAGAGUGAGUGGCAACAAAAGUGCUUGGUCACGAUCAGUGUGGUGUCUUAAAUCAGUGGAAAACAAGUGAAAAUGAAGUAAAAUGGCCCCAAACCUUAGCAAGUUUGUUACGAGAAAUAAUGCCCUUGCUGCUGCAGGGGCAACCACAGCAGCCCUAUGGAUUCUUCUGGCGAAAAGGAGAAGAAAUCAUCUUAACUUGAAUAGGAAGAAAGUGAAGAAGGCAGUUGAGGAAGAAGUGAAGUACUUUAUUUCAGAGAAAAAAGAGAAUAAAAUUAAAGCUCAAGUUGAUCGACAGUUUUUGAAACAACUUGGGCUUUUACUGAAGAUCGUUGUGCCAGGAUGGACAUCACCUGAAGCUGGGUUUCUUUUACUAGUUGCUGCUAGUUUGGUUGCAAGGUCUGUUUGUGAUUUGUGGAUGAUCGACAAUGGGACCAAAAUUGAAAGCGCAAUCGUCGCCAUGGACCAAGACCUCUUCAAGAGCCGCCUUAUCAAGUUCCUUGUAGCUUUGCCACUAAUAUCAGUCGUAAACAACACCUUAAAAUACUCAAUCGGAGAACUAAAAAUACGAUUACGCACAAAUAUGACACGGCGAUUAUACGAAGAUUAUCUCAAGAAUUUUACGUAUUAUCGCAUGUCAAACCUCGACAAUCGUAUUGCUAAUGCUGAUCAGCUCCUCACCACUGACGUGGACAAAUUCUGCGAAAGCGUUUCAGAUCUUUAUUGUAAUACCGCGAAACCGCUGCUCGACAUUGGCAUAUAUGUAUACAAGUUGUCUGCGACUUUAGGUGGAGGAACGCCUAGUUUGAUGUUAGGGUAUUUGUUUUUGUCUGGGAUGUUGUUGACGCACUUGCGAAGACCUACAGCUAGAUUAACCGCCGGCGAACAAAAACUAGAGGGCGAAUUCCGACAUAUCAACGCACGAUUGAUAACCCACUCGGAGGAAAUUGCUUUCUACAAUGGUAACGUUCGCGAGAAAGCAACCCUACUUUCGAGCUACAACAAGCUACUCAACCACUUGAAGAAGUUCCUGAAAUUUAGGGUUCUAAUGGGGAUUGUCGAUAAUUUAGUUGCUAAGUAUUUCGCCAGCGUUGUGGGUUUCUGGGCUGUGUCUUUACCUUUCAUGUCACGUUCUCACUCCCUGUCGUCUUCCAAGCAAGGAGAAAGAUCUCGAUUGUAUUACACUUACGGGCGAAUGUUGGUGAAACUGGCGGAAGCCAUAGGACGUCUGGUUCUAGCGGGUCGAGAAUUGACGAGACUUGCCGGAUUCACAGCUCGCGUCACCCAGCUCAGACAAGUCUUAGACGAGCUCAACCAGGGUAGAUACGAACGAACGAUGGUUGUAGGUGCCGAAAACCUGCAAGCGAACGGAGGAAAAUUCAUCUUCCAGAAUAACGUGAUCAAAUUUGAUCGCGUACCCUUGAUCACACCCAACGGCGACGUCCUCAUCAAAGAAAUCUCCUUCGACAUCAAAUCUGGAAUGAACGUGUUAGUUUGUGGACCAAACGGUGCUGGAAAAUCGUCACUUUUCAGAGUUUUGGGCGAACUGUGGCCACUUUUCGGUGGAGAACUAACGAAACCUCCACGUGGAAAGCUAUUUUACAUCCCGCAGCGCCCGUAUAUGACGUUGGGGUCGCUGAGGGACCAACUCACUUAUCCCCAUUCGGGUUCCGAAGCUCUAAGAAGAGGCGCUACCGAUAAAAUACUAAUUGAACAUUUAGAAAGAGCGCAAUUGGGUUACUUGUUGGAACGUGAGGGUGGCUUGGACGCCGUCGCCGAUUGGUUGGACGUGUUGAGUGGUGGGGAGAAGCAGAGAGUCGCCAUGGCGCGACUCUUCUACCAUAAACCCCAGUUUGCGAUUUUGGAUGAAUGCACGAGCGCCGUUUCCGUAGAUGUGGAGGGGAGCAUGUAUAAGUAUUGUAGGGAAGUCGGAAUUACGCUGUUGACGGUUUCGCACAGAAAAUCACUAUGGCAACAUCAUGAGUUCGUUUUACAUUUAGACGGGAGGGGAGGGUACACGUUCCAACCAAUGGAAGAAGUAACGGAGCAGUUUGGGUCUUAACGCUGAGUAAACUUAGGGGAAUUAGAUUAUGUAUUUUUUAUAUGACUUUGCCAAGGCUGGAGUGCAGCCUGUAACUAUUUUUGAUGGAAAAUGUUAUUUUAUCAUAGCGGGAUGUUGCAGUUUUCUUAUUCAGUUUAUCUAGCGUGUUGUAAUUAACUUACGUAAUGAUUGUUUAGGCGUAAGUUGAGUAAGUUUCAGGCUUGUGCGGGUAAACGGUCGUACCUUGAUUGGCGUCAAAGAAGAGGGAAAUGUGUGAUAAUUGGUGCUAUUGUAACUCUUGCUGUAAAAAAAAUCAGUGGCAACA